AGUUUCCUUGUUCUUUUUUCUUUAGAAAAUUUACAUAUCUAAAUUUGAAUAAACGAUGAAGUAUUUUAUCAUAUUUGCAUACUUAAUUUUGCAUUUUAUUAUUUUCAUGUGCGGCCCAUAAACGGUCAGGUUCUUUGCCAAAGACAGCAACAAUCUAUGGCUUUACUAAUGAAACGGACUUCGAGGGACCAUUGCGAAAAAACCCGAUUAAACAUUAAAGUUUUUGCGUUUGAUUUUGACAAGACAUGCACUAUAGAACCAGUUCUUGAUAUAUACAAGUCAAGAGAGGAUUAUAUCAAUAACAAAAAAACACUCGACAAUACAUGGUUUGAACUAGUUAAGUCGUACAGUAAAUCAGUAGGAGAGGUCUUUCACUUAUUAAAGAACGACACAACAUUCGAGUUUGAUGAAGUAGGUCUGCGAGAAUUCUUGAGGCAAGUUGGCAUUGUGGACAAGAUGGCUAUGGACAGACUUAUCUCAUCAAACAUACUUAAAGGAAUCACCGUUGAAGGCUUGCACAUUUUUUCAAGAACUGUCCAACUUAAGCCGGAUGUUUUAACUGUACUAAAAAACCUAAUGGAUUUUGGUCUACCUCUGCAUUUGAUAUCGUUAAAUUUCUCUGAACAAUUGAUUUCAUUUGUUUUGAACCGUAAGACUACAUUGCCAAUAAAAAUUCACUCCAAUAAUCUUGUCUUCCACGAUGGUAUUUGUACAGGGAAUGUAGAGAAAAAGUUUAUAACUGCUGUUCAUAAGGAAGCUGAGCUGGAUCAACUAAACCAAGUUGGAUCUGGUGUGAUUGUAUACGUUGGUGAUUCAUCUACAGAUUUACUGGCCCUAUUGAAAGCUGACAUUGGUAUCAUCAUUGGUAAUAGCCCUAGUUUACAACAUGUAUGUAAAGCCUUUGGAGUAGAAAUAAUUUCGUUGAACAAAUGGAAGAGUGUUUACAAAUAUAACAAUGAAAAUAGUAGAACUUUAUUUCGUGCAAAUAGUUGGAAAGAAAUAGAAGAUUUUAUAUUAAGGACUAGUAAUUAUUGAUUUGGUAAUAAUUUGUGAAAGUUUA